GCAGGGCUGAGCUGCCACCAAGGCUGCACCGUCCACCCCGACAGCCCGCUUGCAAAAUGGACCAGGAAACCCUGGGAAGCAUUGCCCUGCUCGCCAUCGUCACCUUGAUAAGUGUUGUCCAGAACGCUUUUUUUGCUAGCAAAGUGGAGCAUGAAAGCAAGCACUGCAAUGGCAAGGGGUUCCAGCGGCCGGGAUCCUCCGCCUUCGACCGCGUCUACACUGCCAACCAGAACUGCGGACACACGUACCCUACGUUUCUGGCCGUGCUUUGGUGCGCUGGCCUUCUCUGCAGCCCAGCUCCUGCCGCCUUUGCCGGCCUGAUGUACUUGUUUGUGAGGCAGAAGUACUUUGUGGGCUACCUCGGGGAAAGGACUCAGAGCACUCCUGGUUACUUGUUUGGAAAGCGCAUCAUUUUGUUCCUGUUCCUCAUGUCCGUGGCUGGAAUACUCAACUACUAUCUCAUCUGCUUUUUUGGAAGUGACUUUGAAAUGUACAUAAAAACGAUAACCAACGCGAUCUCUCCGUUGCUGCUCAUCCCGUAGCUCCCUGCAGCACUGAGGGGGUCAGCAUGCUUAAUAUAUCGAUACCCAGAAGCAGCCAUAAUUCAAGUGCUUAAGAAAUGAACCCGUAACACUUUUAGAUUGCUGUAAAUCUCAUGCUUGAUGGGAUUUGUAGUUUGAUUUAACCUUGCUUUUUCCUUCAAGAAAAAGAUUUAUUGUGAGCACUUGGCAUGCCCAAGGAAUGGUAACAACUUCCAGUUAAUUCUUUAGAGUUUUUUUCCAUAAGUGCAGCUUGCAAGCUGAUUGCAUGGCUGGAAGGGACUUUGUAUGCUUGCUUCAUAACUGCAUUUUACUUAGCUUUUGUCCCAAAACCCAGGAGCCUCUCAGUGUCAUUCCUGACCGAUGGCUCCCACAGUUAUCCUCAUGCACAGGCACAGCCUUUUGCCAGCAUCCCACACGACCCUGCCCACGCAAAAGCAUGGACCAGCCUCUUCACCUACCCUUUCCAUCCCACUUGUUGAUGACUGAGCUGCCGCUGCUGCAGGAGGGUGGCAAAUUGGGUCCUGUCUGGUCUUCCGUGAUAAAUAUUCAUGUGUGUAAUGCUCCCAGCACUGCAGCCUUUUUGUUCUCCCAGAGCUGUGGAAAGGGGUCUUGCGUAAAUGAGGAGCUGGUGUAUUGACAGUGGGGUUGGUUUUGUUUUGCUUGCCU